AUGGUCUCUACCGAGGCACUUCUAGAUUACCUCGAAUCAGGACAAGUAAGGCCGACCCCAGAUGACAUCGCCAAGGAUCCUUUGAGGACGUAUGCAAUCAUGUACACCAUGUGCUUCCUCCCCGCGACGGACUCCUACAUGGUCCACUCUUCGCGCCAACAAACAACAAACGAAUUCCAUGUCGUCGCCCAAAAUUGCAAAAAGCAUCGCCUUGAGGCCAGGAAGAAGUGGUGGGUCACAAACGGAGCAAUGCAAGAGGACGUCGAUGAUAUGCUGGAGCUCGCUCUUCGGGAUUUACCGGGGUCAGGGAGUGGUCCGGCUCAUCAUCAGGCAGUCGCUGAUGUCAAUUACAACAUUGCGGCUGCUGCCAAACUUUUCCGACGUGUGUUUGAAGGCCCUUUCCCGCAGGACAAGAAGGCCAUCGCGGCCAGCGCAAUUUGCCAUCUCUUCUUGAACUACGAGGACCCGACAGAGCCAGGAGUUCCUGUACCCUUCCAACACUGGUGUGCGGCCAUUGGCUUUGCGGCGAAAUCUUGUCGUUUAGGCCUGUUCUCGUAUGCGUCGCUUCUCGUCGCUGACACCGCCCUCGGCAUGGGGAUGGGUCUAGGAGAAGCGUCAGAUAGGACUGAAAUACUCCCCGAUCUUCACGACAUCCUCGCAAGUUUCGACAAGUUCAGGGAGGAAACAGGUUACCGACCGACAACCACACAACCAUCUCUCGAUGAGCAGACAGACUCCUCUACACCAACCCGUAUCGCUUGA